AUGAAUUGGGUAAAUGACAGUGUCCCAUGGGAGUUCAUUUUGUUAGGUUUCUCAGAUCGACCAUGGCUAGAGCUUCCACUCUUUGUGAUGUUCCUGUUUUCCUAUAUUCUAACCAUCUUUGGCAAUCUGGCAAUAAUUGUUGUGUCACAUCUGGAUCCUAAACUCCAUACCCCCAUGUAUUUUUUCCUUACCAAUCUCUCACUCCUGGACCUCUGCUAUACUACAAGUACAGUUCCACAAAUGCUGGUGAACAUAUGCAGCAUCAGAAAGGUAAUUAGUUAUGGUGGCUGUGUGGCACAACUUUUCAUUUUCCUGGCCUUGGGUUCUACUGAAUGUCUUCUCCUGGCCGUCAUGUCCUUUGAUAGGUUUGUAGCUAUUUGUCGGCCGCUCCAUUACUCAGUUAUCAUGCACCAAAGGCUCUGUCUCCAGUUAGCAGCUGCAUCCUGGAUUAGUGGCUUUAGCAACUCAGUAUUGCAGUCCACCUGGACCCUUCAGAUGCCACUGUGCGGUCACAAAGAAGUGGAUCACUUCUUCUGUGAAGUCCCUGCACUGCUCAAGUUGUCCUGUGUUGACACGACAGCAAAUGAGGCUGAAUUGUUCUUCAUUAGUGUGCUAUUCCUUCUGAUACCUGUGACACUCAUCCUGAUAUCAUAUGCUUUUAUUGUCCAAGCAGUGUUGAGAAUACAAUCUGCUGAAGGUCGGCGAAAGGCAUUUGGGACAUGUGGCUCCCACCUAAUUGUGGUGUCACUUUUUUAUGGCACUGCUAUCUACAUGUAUCUGCAACCACCAUCCCCCGCCUCCAAAGACCGGGGAAAGAUGGUAUCUCUUUUCUAUGGGAUUAUCACACCCAUGUUGAAUCCUCUUAUCUACACACUUAGAAACAAAGAUGUAAAGGGAGCUUUUAAGAGGUUGAUUGCAAGGGUCUUAAUUAAAAAAUAA